AUGCCUGCAUACCACUCCAUCUUCCUCGAGGACCGGGACGUCCCCGUAAUCGGCAACUUCCCCGUCCUUCCCCUCCGCACCCGCACGCGUGGCCCCGCAUACACUCUCCCCCCGCUCCCUCCCACCGCCGACAUUGAAGUGCCCGCCGAUAGCGAGUCCUACGAUUGCGUCGAUGAGAUCCUCUCCCUAUUCCGCGCCAAUGUCCUGUUCCGUAACUUCGAGAUCAAUGGCCCCGCCGACCGCAUGCUCAUCUACGGUACCCUCUUCAUCAGCGAGUGUUUGGGCAAGGUCAAGCCCUCCAUGACCUCCCGUGAGGCCGAGAAGGCUCUCAUCAAUGUCGCGCUCGACCACUUCGCCAUUCCCGGUGACGUGGCCUUCCCUUUGAACCAGGCCUUCGAACCCCCCCGUGAUCGCCAGGAUGCCGAGACGUUGAGACAAUACCUCUCCCAGGUCAGACAGGAGAUUGCUAUUCGGUUGCUUGCUAGAUUAUACCCCGGUGGUGUUGGGCCUUCCAAGUGGUGGCUUAGUUUCGCAAAGAGAAAGUUCAUGGGAAAGAGCUUCUAG